UAGGAAGCUGCGAUCAGACCCCGCCCUCUUUUGGGCGGAGCUCCCUGCAUUGCUUCCGUGUACUAUGGAGAAGGAGGCCGGGGUGUGGGAGCUGCUGGAGCGGGUGCCUGUUGACUGGUCAGAACCAUGGAUAAUUGGACUUUUGGGUUUCCACCUGCUUUGCUUCAUACUGACCUGCCUAUCCUUCAAAUGCUACAAACUCCAGAUCGCCCUCUUCUUUCUAAUGGUGGGCCUGGUUAGCUGCGCUGAAUACAUCAAUGAAGUAGCUGCUGUGAACUGGAAGAUUACGAAGCCAGCCCCCCGCACACUCACACGUAACAUGCAGUUGAAAGUGCACCAGAGUGAGUCCAGAAAGUCCAUCAUACCGUCCAGUAUCGCUUUCAUUCGCAGGUUGUACUCAAGGCAGCAGUACUUUGAUUCUUCAGGAAUGUUCAUUUCCUUAGCGUUUUCAGCUCCGUUGUUGUGCAACACCAUAAUAAUUGUGGUCCAUUGGGUGUAUAAGACAUUGUCUGUAAUGACAGAACUUAAGACUCUACAGAAGAAAAGGAAAGCAGCUAAAGACAGUAAGAAGGAGAAGUGAUCAGAACGGUUUUAUCAGACAAGCUGUAUUUCUACUAUGACCACUAAUGUUAAAAACCACUUAUAUUCCUGCAAAUCCUGUACAGAGAAUAUUGAUGGAAUCGCAUUGAACGCCCAUACCCACGGACUUCUAUAGACUUCUCCCCGGAUUUUCGCUGCACUCCCCUGCAUGGGGUCGCCCCACACUACAUGGGCGCUGUAAAAUGAGUUCACAUUCCAGAAAUAUAUGAAACGUGGUCCCCCCUAUACAGCCUUCAAACCCCCCCCCCCCCCCCCCCCCCCCUAUUCCUGGCAGUGAGAUUCCAAGCCACUCAAAGGCAUUUUACCUGUAAAUACAAUUGAGUUUCUGUUCACUUUUCAUUUUUUUGCAAGCUCAUUGUCAUAUAUUGUAUUUUUUAAAUAAAAUCUAAAAAGGUGAAUAAAGUGUUGCCUGAACUCAUAUAGUAGCAUGCGCCCAAGGGCAGAGUGCACACAGAGCAGAGGAGCAUUGCUCAGAUGCCUUUGUAUAGAAGCUGUCUAGGACAUCCGUGUACGAAGGACUGGUUUUUAUUAUAGCGAAGGCA